CCCGCACUGUAUCCAUAAGGCCCCACGGCGCCACUGUUCUUGCAAGCGGCGCGGCCAGGAAAGGAAGGUCGUGAAGGAGACAGAGGCCCUCAGUCGCGCGCCGACCCGUUUCCAGCCCCGGCGCCAUGUUGGGUGCCACUGUCCGCCGCUUCGCUACCUCCGCCAUACGCAGGUCCCAUUAUGAGGAAGGGCCGGGAAAGAACAUUCCGUUUUCUAUAGAAAACAAAUGGCGGCUACUAGGAUUAAUGAUAGCGUUCUUUGGAAGUGGGUUUGCCUUUCCUUUCAUUAUAGUAAGGCACCAGCUGCUCAAGAAAUGAAGAGGACAUGCUCUAAUUCCUAUAAAAAGACUUGAGGUGGAAUAUUGCCUGUAGAGCAACUUGUCUUUCCAUGGAAUAAAAGACAAAGAUAUUUACCACACUGGAUGUGUUUAUAAAUAAAAGCUUAAAUCUGAA